AUGAAAAAAGGUGCUCAAAUUUGGCCCCUUUUACACUUUGCGAGAGCAUAUAUACCCAGAGCCAGAAGAGUCACAACGAUGUCAGAAAAAGAGACAGAUUCGCCGUCAAGUGUUUACACCACUGAGACCGAGGAAGUGGUGCAGAGUGAGUCAGGUGCUCCACGUGGAGUGAAAAGAACAAAACACAACGCCUUCUACGAUCAAUUUAGGGAUAAGAAUGGAUUCAAGGUGAAGCAAUCAGCAGUGGAUGCAAAGAGCUUUAGUGCCUAUGAGCAGUUAGGCGGCUCUAACAACCACGAAAAUCUCGCAGGCAUUCCUAGUGACCGUACGAUGUUCGAGGAGGAAUCCGAGGCUAAAUACGUGAUUGACGGGACUUUAAGGAGAGUGCAGCCGUAUUGGUUCACGUAUAUGACCUACUGCAAGUUGAGAUGGAGGAAUCGCACGAUCUUGGACAUUUUCGCCUCAGAAUUCCGAAUGAAGCCGGAAUCGUACUAUAGAAACAACAUAGAGAGUGGAAAGGUGACGAUCAAUAAGGAGAUUGCCAACGUGGAUAGCAUAGUCUCAAAUGGAGAUCUCAUCAGCCAUAGAGCACACAGACACGAACCACCUGUCAGCUCGAAACCCAUCAAGAUCGUGUAUCAGGACGAUGAACUAGUGGUGAUAGACAAACCAUCAGGAAUUCCUGUUCACCCCACAGGCAGAUUCAGGUUCAACACCGUGACGAUGAUCAUGCAAUCCGAGUUCGGAAUGACUGUUCAUCCGUGUAAUCGGUUGGACCGACUGACAAGUGGUCUGAUGUUUCUGGGAAAGACUGCUAAGGGAGCCGAGAAGAUGGUGAAGCAGAUGCGGGAAAGAGAUGUUAGAAAGGAGUACCUUGCUAAGGUGGUUGGAGAGUUUCCCCUUGGCGAGAUCACCGUUGACGAGCCAAUUAAAACGGUAUCUCCAAUGCAUGCUUUGAAUCGUGUUGACCCCAGCGGAAAAGAGGCCACCACCCAGUUUAGAAGGAUUUCCUAUGAUGGAAAGACAAGUCUCGUACUUUGCAGACCGCUUACCGGAAGAACUCAUCAGAUCAGAGUCCAUCUUCAAUGGCUGGGCCAUCCAAUAGCCAACGAUCCCCAUUAUUCUAGUCCCGUAGUUUGGGGCGAAAAUCUGGGAAAAAAUGGAGAAGGCGACACUGAAAAAAUAGUUGAAAUCCUGGCCAAAUUUGGCAAGACUGAAGUUGCUACCAGUUGGGCUUUUCCUGAAACCACUGGAGAGGUGAUUCUGGAUGACCCAUGUCCUAUUUGCGAUAGCGAGCUCUAUUCCGACCCUGGUCCCAACGAUUUAAACCUAUGGUUACAUGCAUUCAAGUAUGAAGCCUCUGACAGGUCUUGGAGCUACAAAACGGAUUUGCCAGAUUGGGCCUUGGAUGACCAUCGUGUGUUUAUGAAGCAGGCAGUGGAGGAAGCGCGCAAAUGCGGCCCCACCACGACGGCGUUUGGUGUUGGAGCCUUACUGGUUAAAGACGGAAAGGUCAUUUCCACUGGAUACUCCAGGGAGCUACCUGGAAACACACAUGCUGAACAAUGCGCUUUAGAGAAGUACUACGCUGAACACGGCGUGGAUGACGUGCCAGAGGGAACCGUGUUAUAUACCACCAUGGAACCAUGCAGUGAGAGGCUAAGCGGAAAUCUGCCAUGUGUCGACCGGGUUGUCAAGUCUAACAUUAUCACCUGCUUUGUGGGGGUUCUGGAGCCAGACACUUUUGUGAAGAACAAUGUUGGGUAUACAAAGCUGGGAGAUGCCAAUAUCAAUUACUUGCAAGUUCCGGGGUUCGAGAAGGAGUGUCUCGAGGCUGCUUUCAAUGGCCACGCGGAAGGCCCCAAAAAUGUUUAA